AUGUCACUUGGUCUUUGCAUACUCACUCUCUUUUAUGCUAGUUGGCCCGUUAUCGACCAAAAUUUAUUCAUUUUGAGGAUACAUCAUACGACCGCCACAUAUGCCGCUGCAAUGUCUAAUAUCAUUCCUGCGCUUACCUUUGUACUAGCUUUCUUUUUAAGGUUGGAGACGAUAAACGUUGGAAAUAGACGGUGUCAAGCCAAGUUGUUAGGCGCAUUAGUCACGAUCUUCGGAGCUAUGGUGAUGACCCUAAUUAAAGGCCCGGUGUUAUUUGGUGUCUGUGGAGGAAACAACAACAAUAAUCAUGAUGGAGUAUCACAUGUUUUAUUUGGAUCCAUAUUCAUUUUUGCAGGAUGUCUGGGUUGUGCCAUCUUUGUGAAUCUACAAGCUAUUACAUUAAAGUCUUAUCCAGCAACACUCUCCUUGACCUCAUUGGUAUGCUUGAUGGGUGCCCUAGAAGGUCUAGAAAUGGCUUUUAUCAUGGAGGAAGCACACUUUAAUGCUGCUUGGUUGGUUUUCAAGUGGGACAUGAAUUUGUUGUCGGCUAUUUAUACGGAAAUUUGCUCAGGCAUUGGAUAUUUUCUUGAGGGAGUGAUUACGAAAGAGAAAGGACCCGUUUUUCUUACCACCUUCAAUCCAUUAUGCAUGGUAAUAGCUGCUGUGGUGAGUUUCUUCUUAUUUGGGGAGGAAAUCCUACUUGGAAGGGCAAUUGGAGCAUUUAUAUUAUGUUUGGGAUUAUUCAGUGUAGUUUGGGGUAAGAGUGGCGAUAUCAAUAACUCGUCACGUGCAAAGGAUGAAUUGAAUUCUGAAGAGUUGAAAGAGGCACAUUGUGAAAAUUCAGGAGACGAGUUGAGAGAGACACGCCGUGAAAAUUCAGGAGACGGGUUGACAGAGAUACGCCGUGAAAGUUUAGGAGACGAAAUUACAGUUGAGCCCGUUAUCGACCAAAAUUUAUUCAUUUUGAGGAUACAUCAUACGACCGCCACAUAUGCCGCUGCAAUGUCUAAUAUCAUUCCUGCGCUUACCUUUGUACUAGCUUUCUUUUUAAGGUUGGAGACGAUAAACGUUGGAAAUAGACGGAGUCAAGCCAAGUUGUUAGGCACCAUAGUCACGAUCUUAAGAGCUAUGGUGAUGACCCUAAUUAAAGGCCCGGUGUUAUUUGGUGUCAGUGGAGGAAACAAUAACAAUAAUCAUGAUGGAGUAUCACAUGUUUUAUUUGGAUCCAUAUUCAUUUUUGCAGGAUGUCUGAGUUGUGCCAUCUUUGUGAAUCUACAAGCUAUUACAUUAAAGUCUUAUCCAGCAACACUCUCCUUGACCUCAUUGGUAUGCUUGAUGGGUGCCCUAGAAGGUCUAGAAAUGGCUUUUAUCAUGGAGGAAACACACUUUAAUGCUGCUUGGUUGGUUUUCAAGUGGGACAUGAAUUUGUUGUCGGCUAUUUAUGGGAUAGUUUGCUCAGGCAUUGGAUAUUUUCUUGAGGGAGUGAUUAUGAAAGAGAAAGGACCCGUUUUUCUUACCACCUUCAAUCCAUUAUGCAUGGUAAUAGCUGUUGUGGUGAGUUUCUUCUUAUUUGGAGAGGAAAUCCUACUUGGAAGGGCAAUUAGAGCAUUUAUAUUAUGUCUGGGAUUAUUCAGUGUAGUUUGGGGUAAGAGUGACGAUAUCAAUAACUCGUCACGUGCAAAGGAUGAAAUGAAUUCUGAAGAGUUGAAAGAGGCACAUUGUGAAAAUUCAGGAGACGAGUUGAGAGAGACACACCGUGAAAAUUCAGGAGACGGGUUGAGAGACACACCGUGA